AUGUCAAGAAAACCUGCCGUCAUAGUUCCGUUGUACAACUAUCCACUCACUCCCCUGACUUGGGAACCACUCUACAAAGCGAUUGUGGCUUCUCCAGAUCUUGAAUUCAUCAUCGUCCUCAACCCGGACAGUGGACCGGGUAAACCAGGGAAUCCUUCACCUGAUGACAAUUAUGCUCGCGAGGUGCCGAAACUAAACGCCUUGGCCAACGUGUGUACUCUGGGAUACGUGCGUACAGAUUACUGCAAACGAAGUUUCACCACGGUAUGCCAAGACGUCGCGAAGUAUGCUGGGUGGUCUACCCACUGCUCAAGCUCUGGUCUCUUCGUGCAAGGCAUCUUCUUGGACGAGACGCCCAAUGAGUAUGGCACCACCCAGGCGUCUUACCUGCAUAGAUUGGGCGCAUACAUCAAACAUGCAGAGGGGAUCCAGGGACGGCGACUGGUGGGUCAUAUCCAGGUUCUUGCAGGUUGA